AUGCAAUCCUCUCUUCCCCGGAUCUUCGCCAGAUCGCAACAGAUCCGCCAACGCUGCUUCUUUAAAACCGCCGCGCGCCAGCGUCCAGGUCGCUCACCCCGCGGCUCCACUCGAACACACGAACACGCCGACAGUGAGAAAGAGCCUUCCCUUGGCUUGCGCAACUCUCUCUUUCGCAAUUCGAAUUCGAUCUACGGCCACAAGGCAGACAUGUCCAACCUACAAUGGUGGACCAAGCCGGCCCCGAUCAUGUCCGCCCCGUCGAACCAGCAGCCGAGCGGCAACGGCUUCAAGAUACCGGGCCUUGGCAACGCCGCCAAUAUUCCCUUCGCCUCAACCUCCGCGGUUCCUCUGCCCAGGCAAUCAGCCGCCGGAAACCAGUCUACCAUGCCAAAGGGACCUCGCGGGGCAGCCGCGGCGCCGCACAACCGUGACAAGAUCAUACCCCCAAGCGCCGCGUCAGGCGGCGUCCCAGAACCCACGCCCCAAUACCUUCAGCGCGCAUCCCUCCCGCCGACCCUCCUCUCUACGCCUCGGCCGAUCCUCAUCGUCAUGGACCUCAACGGCACCCUCCUCUACCGGCCCAACCGUCGUAACGCCACCACCUUUGUCGAACGGCCCCACGCGAAGCGCUUCCUGCAAUACUGCCUCGACACCUUCCACGUCGUCGUGUGGUCCUCGGCCCAGCCAAAGAACGUCCAGUCCAUGUGCGACCAACUUCUCCUCAAGGGCGGGCCGGGCGCCGCCAACGCUCAGGAGGACAGCGCCUCGUACCGCCGCCGCGUCCUGGCCGUCUGGGGCCGCGACAAGUUCGGCUUGUCCGACGCCGACUUCAAGCUCCGCGUGCAGGUCUACAAGCGCCUGGAGAUGGUCUGGGCCCAGGCGAACGUGCAGGCGGCGCACCCGGACGCCGCGUACGGCGGCCGGUGGGACCAGACCAACACUGUUCUCGUGGACGACUCGCUCGAGAAGGCGCGGAGCGAGCCGUACAACCUGCUACGGAUUCCCGAGUUCUUUGGAGACGCCAGCGAGCCGGGCUGCGUGGUGCCGCAGGUCCACGAUUACCUCAACCAGCUCUGUAAUCAGUCGGAUAUCAGCGCUUACAUGCGUACGAAUCCGUUCAAGCUGAACGACGAUUACCGGCUGGGGCAACACGAAAAUGUGCCAGGGCCGGCGUAG